AUGGACGGCAAAAACAUAUUUUCAGGUACGGACUGGCGCUUCAACGAGUUCCCAAAUCCACCAGCACACGCUUUGUAUGUCACUUGUGUCGAAUUGCUAGGACUUCCGGUUGGUCCGACCGUCGUAGCGAACAGCGUUAUUGAUGUGCUCGUGAAGGGUUACACCGUUGUACCCACAGGAAUUCUACACAAUUGGAUCAACACAAUCGGUUUACUCAUGGCGGCAUUGCCCGAAGCGUAUUGGAGCGUUAUUUACGAGCGAAUGCAGGAAGCGCUUGGGUCGACGGCGAUGAAAGAGUGGGUGUUCCGGCAAAGCCCGUUUGAAAUGUUUAAUUUCAAGGUGGUGCGUGAAGCGAUGCUCGAUCGCAGCUACGUUACAGUACUGGCAAUUGCGCAUAGCAUUUUCCAUCACUUCGGAAUUGGACAGCUGGCAACCAUUACGGACUCGAUAAAGGAAAAGUUGAAGCCGCUUGUUUACACCGAGUACCAGCUGAUCUACUUAUGCCACGUGGUUGGUCCGUUCUUGAACCGGCUAAGUGUGGAGAGAGCACGGGCCGUCUCGGAUAUUACACUGAUGUUGUACGAGUUACUCGAGCAGGUGGACAAGUCACAACCGACACAACAAUUGCGCUAUAUGGAUCCGAUCUGCGAUCUUCUGUACCACAUCAAGUACAUGUUUGUUGGAGACACAAUGAAAACAGAGUUGGAAGCGAUCAUACGCCGUUUAAGGCCAGCACUGCAGAUGCGUCUACGUUUUAUAACGCGCCUUAACGUGGAAGAAAUCGCUGUUGAUCAAAUAGCCACGGGAGUGGCCGCCACUCGUGGUAUGGCAACCGUUGUGGCACCGGGAGUUUCCGGCGGUGCGAUGACAUCAUCUCAACAAUCCACAACAGUAUCCACCGGUGGAUGGUCGACAGGUGCGCCGGGAUUAGUAUCAACCGGGGCGGCAGGCAUAGCAGGCGCCGCAGGUGCCGCAAAGCAGUCAGCAGUCGGGAUGGCUAACCAAAAUACAACAUUACAGCAACAGCUUCAGCAGCAGCAAAAUCUGCAGAUUGGUCAUGGUAUGCAGUCCCAUCACUAAGUUUUAUAUAUCGCCAUCACAAGUGAAACAUUAUAACCGAAACAAGCACCGAAACCAGGUGAAUGUUCGUUAUUUAAUAAUUUUAUCUUUUCGAUCAUCGAACGAUAAAUAAGCUUAGUGAGCCACAAUUAUCAAAAGUGUUACAACUGAUAGCAACGUUUUAGAACUUAGCAGUAUGUGUUGUUUUUCUAUGUUUUAUUGCCUUAUCUAGAGAGCUAUGAUGUCUUUGCAAAAUAAGUAGCUGAAAGUAUGUCUGGUACAGUUUGUCUUUUUAUGAUCGCAUUUAACACAACAAUGACAUCAACAUCAACAACACAUCAACAUCUACGCUCAAAUUUCACAUAAAUGGGCUUUUCAGUGCGCAAAAUCAUAUCUGCUACAAACACUAACUCUUCGCGGGUUGUAACCGGUAGGACGCGGAAGUUUAUCAGAAUGGCCGAUAGGGCUGCCUUAAGUUCCAGUAUGGCGAACCGUUGUCCGAUGCAGUUUCUCGGACCCGCACUGAACGGUACGUACGCAUAUGGGCUACGGCCUUCGGUGUUUUGAGGCAGGAAUCGAUCAGGAUCGAACCUCUCCGGAUCAGGAAACACUUUCGGAUCGCGGUGCAGAUCGAAUAUAUGCACGUUGAAAAGGGUUUCCUUCGGAACGCGGCGCUCGCCAAAUAGCGUGUCUUCGGUGAUGGUGCGGGAAAUAAAGGGCACUGGUGGGUACAAGCGGAGCGAUUCCUUCAGCACCCUAUCCAUGAGUUUCAUCUCGCUGUAGUCACUCUGCGUUAAUUCUUGUAUCGAAUCUGGCCGCUGAAGUUGCUGAAUCUCUUCAUACAGUCGCUGCUGCACGUUGGGAUGAUGUGCUACGAGAAACAGUGUGAAGAUAAGGGCAGCCGACGUUGUGUCGUGACCCUCGAACAUGAACGUAUCCACCUCUUCACGGAUUCCUUCCUCGUCGAUCUGUUGCUUCGCUUCAGCAGCCAA